GGACAGUUGGCAUUCAGGGAUGUGGCCAUUGAAUUCUCCCAGGAGGAGUGGAAGUGCCUGGACCCCACACAGAGGGCUUUGUACAGGGACGUGAUGCUGGAGAACUACAGGAACCUGGUCUCCCUGGGGAUCUUCCUUCCUGACCUUGGUGUUAUUUCCAUGUUGGAAGAAGGGAAAGAGCCCUGGACCUUGAAGAAUGAAGUGAAAAUAGCAAGAAAUCCCGGUGGGUGGGGCUAUGUCAAAGGUGUGAACCCAGAUUUCUCUCCUAAACACAUAAUUAAAAAAUCACCUUCAAAAAGAAACAGCAGUAUAGAAGAGAGAUUCCAGAAAGCCAUGCUGGGAAGACAUGAGCACCAUGACGCUGAAGCCCUUUCCUUCAGGGACAUCCAGAGAAAGGCACAUGGCUUCCAGUUUCCAUGGAGAGAUGGUGAAGGAGAUUGUAAGAGAGUGCCCAUGAUCCAUAAAGGAAGCCACAUGGGUGGAAGAGACGGUGGUGAUGGACAGGAUGCAGGGAGCAAGCUUGAGAGUGAUUGGCUUGGGCUGGGCUUUCCGCCAGGCCUGUCUGCACCCCAGCUGCUUCAGUCUGCAGGGAAAAGCGAGUGUGGUGAAGAGGAGAAGUCUGUGCACAGUGGUUCUUCAGCUUUACCACCUCAAAGCGUUCCUUCCAGUGUCGGAACGCUGGAAGGAUACAGGAAUGACUUUAUUUAUUCUUCAUUGCUCAUUCCAAGGCACAAAGCACACAUUAGGGACAAGCCUUACAGAUGCCACGAGUGUGGCAAGGUCUUUAGUUACACCUCCUCUCUUGCACAUCAUCGCAGAAUCCACACUGGAGAGAAACUGUACAAGUGUGCUGAGUGUGGCAAGGCUUUCUUCAGGCGCUCCUAUCUUUUGGUGCACGAGAGACAUCACACGGGAGCAAAACCUUACAAGUGCAAUGAGUGUGGUAAGGUCUUCACUCAGAACUCACACCUAACAAGUCAUCGCAGAACUCACACCGGAGAGAAGCCGUACAAGUGUGCCGAGUGCGGCAAGGCCUUCAGCGUGCGCUCCAAUCUAACCAACCAUCAGGUGAUCCACACUGGAGAGAAGCCAUACAAGUGCAACGAGUGUGGCAAGGUCUUCAGCCAGACCUCGAGCCUCGCGAUUCACCGGAGAACUCACACAGGGGAGAAACCAUACCGGUGUAACGAGUGUGGCAAGGUCUUCAGCUCUCACUCAAACCUCAACACCCACCAGGUCAUCCACACUGGAGAAAAGCCCUACAAGUGUUCUGAGUGUGGCAAGGUCUUCACCCAGAACUCACACCUGGCCAAUCACUGGAGGACUCACACCGGGGAGAAGCCAUACAAGUGUACAGAGUGUGGCAAGGCCUUCAGCGUGUACUCAAGCCUGACUACUCACCAGGCGAUCCACACUGGGGAGAAGCCGUACAAGUGCAAUGAGUGUGGCAAGGUCUUCACCCAGAACUCACACCUGGCAAGUCACCGAGGAGUUCACAGUGGAGAGAAGCCGUACAAGUGUGAUGAGUGCGGCAAGGUCUUCAGCCAGACCUCAAACCUCGCCAGGCACUGGAGGGUGCACACUGGGGAGAAGCCCUACAGGUGUGCCGAGUGCGGCAAGUCCUUCAGCGUGCGCUCCAGCCUGACGUCCCAUCAGGUGACCCACACUGGAGAGAAGCCAUACAAGUGCAAUGAGUGUGGCAAGGUCUUCAGCCAGACCUCGAGCCUUGCAAUUCAUCAGAGGAUUCACACAGGGGAGAAACCAUACCGGUGUAACGAGUGUGGUAAGGCCUUUAACUCACACUCAAACCUCAACACCCACCAGGUCAUCCACACUGGAGAAAAGCCGUACAAGUGUUCUGAGUGUGGCAAGGUCUUCACUCAGAACUCACACCUGGCCAAUCAUCGUAGAACUCACACCGGGGAGAAGCCAUACAAGUGUACAGAGUGUGGCAAGGCCUUCAGCGUGUACUCAAGCCUGACUACUCACCAGGCGAUCCACACCGGGGAGAAGCCGUACAAGUGCAAUGAGUGUGGCAAGGUCUUCACCCAGAACUCACACCUGGCAAGUCACCGGAGGACUCACACUGGAGAGAAGCCGUACAAGUGUGAUAAGUGUGGCAAGGCCUUUAGUGUGCGCUCAAGCUUGACUACCCACCAAGCAGUCCACACUGGAGAGAAGCCAUACACAUGUAAUGAGUGUGGUAAGGUCUUUAGUCGAAGUUCCAACCUUGCAAGUCAUCGAAGAACUCACUCUGGACUCAAGCCUUACAAAUGAGUGUAGCCAGGUCUUUGCCUUGCACAACAUCUGUGCAUUCAUUUUUAAGAGAGUUUAUAAACGCAGUGACUGUGGAAGACUAUCAGGAGUUGAUCCGUGGCUGGGGUGUGGCCCAGGGCAGAGUACUUGCCUUCUACAUGCCAGGCCCUGGGGUCCACGCCCAGCACAGACAGUAGUGCAAGCACUGGUAGGCUCCAGAGCAUAUGGAAAGAAGUCUUGUAUCUGUAAUGUGCCCCACAGAGGCUUCAGUCCAGCCUCACAGAUGACUGGAAAGCAGCAAUACGUCAUUGAUGAAACCGUACAAAUGGAGGGUCUUUACUGGGCUGUUGUUACCUGAUGACCAUACCUGCAGAUGAGGAUUUACUUGAAGAAAUUCUCUAGUUCUCUAUGGGUAACCCUGGUCACUACAUUUUGUGGAGUAAUUCCAAGUCAAAAUACGUUAAGACUCAAAGGUGCAAGGACUUUUGGAAAUCAACUACUUAUCUUCAGGUCAAGAAUUACUUUAUUCAGUCAUUUGAGGUCUCAUGAGAAGGCUUCUUUGCUAUAUGUAACUUUUACCCUGGGCUUUAAAACCUGUCUCACGUUGUGCCUGCCUUCCAGGCCUUUAUUAUGGUCACUGGGAAAGAAGCAUAGGAUGGGAGGGCUUACUGCAUUAGGUAAGGGUCAUUCUGUUCAACUUCUGGGAAGACAAGCUCUGCCUUUCAAGGUAAAUAUUGUCUAAAUUAGCAUCUGGAAGAGGCAAAGAGUAGUGUCUUUAAGUGGAUACAAGUCGUCAAGCUUCCUGUGUCCUGAGGCCCUUCUGUAGUUUAUAGGAAAAAUCAUUCCACCGACUGUAAAAUAAAACAGACCAAGGAUGUGCCAUCCUGGGGGUUCAUAUGGGAUGAGAGUCACAGGCGAACAGGGACAGACUGUGAUAGAAUGCAAAAGAAUGGGGACCACAUGCUCCAUUGAAUCACAAUAGCUCUCUUAGCAAAGACCGAAGAGUAAUUAGCCCUAUUUUUGAAAUUGAGAGUUAUCAGACUGGAGAAUCUAAUUAAAAGAACCAGAAUGGGGGCUCGGGGCAUGGCUCGCUAGAGUACUCGCCUAGCAUGUUUAAGGCCCUGGGUUCUAAGCUCGACAAAAAAGAAAAAAUAGCAUUUCCUUCAGGAUUAUUUAACUGCUGGUCAUACAUUUUGCCACUGCUUUAGUAGAAUGUAUCAUUGAUCUGAUGUUUUAAUUAAUAAAAUUUAAUCUUUUCAUUACUACAA